AUGCCAGAGAUCCGGAAGGCAGGCACCCGGCCACAGUCGCUGAGGAGCCUCUGCAACAGCACAACUGCGCAAACGUUCCCGGGGGGAGCAAGCCGGCACCUGGCCAUUGCUUGGCGACAUCGUCCCCCAGAGGGUCAGAGUGGGCCCGAGCCACAAGGCUCUCAGAGGUUUCUCGUUGGCAAUCAGCCCACCGGCUUGUGCUCCCAGGGCUGCCAGGCCAUUGUGGACACAGGGACCUACGUGCUGGCUGUGCCCCAGCAGUACAUGAACUCCUUCCUGCAGGCAACAGGAGCCGAGGUGUCUCAGUACGGUGAUUUUGUGGUCAACUGCAACUCCAUACAGAGCAUGCCCACCAUCACCUUCGUCAUCAGCGGGUCUCCUUUACCUCUGCCUCCCUCUGCCUAUGUCCUCAACAACAAUGGCUACUGUACCCUUGGGAUUGAGGCCACCUACCUGCCCUCCCCCAGUGGGCAGCCCCUGUGGACUCUGGGAGAUGUCUUCCUCAAGGAAUAUUACACUAUCUAUGACAUGGGCAACAAUAGAAUGGGCUUUGCCCUCUCUGUCUAG